CUUUCUAUAGUGAUAAAGACAGCCAGUUUCAGUGUUAUAAGGAGAGAAAAAUCUGCCAAAUAUUUGACUCCUGCAUGAUCCUUUGCUCUUUGAUAUAUCAGUUUCAGGUUUAGAGUUUCAUUAGGAGUGGUAUGAGUAAUUACUGUUUCUAUGACAGUGAAUAAAGAAACUCCCAGGCAACAAGGCCCAGUCAUUGUGUCCAGAGAUGAAAGUCCACUGUGUGCUGUUAAAAGAGUCUGCCUUUAUGACUUCUAUAUGACUUCUUCCUGGAUCUGUUAAAUCUCCUCUCAAAAAAAAAAAAAAGAUCCUAGAGCUAUUUGAAACAAAAUUCAUUUUCUUUCAUUCAGUAUUUUGCAUCUGUCCUUCUUCCUUUUUCCUGGCGAUUUUCAAAACAUUGUUCUUAUUGAUACACAUCUUUAGUCCUCUAAUGUAAGUGUUAUGCUUAUAUUAUUGCCUAGAGACAGUGCUGAUGUAGUAAGAAAAAAAAGUCUUCCAGCUCGUGUAUGUAAGUAAUAAAUGACUUCUCCCAGACCUUAGAUUCCUUAUCUAUAAUGAAAAGGGAAGUAUUAUCUUUCUCUUAGGGUUUUACUGAUUAAAUUACACAGGCAUACCUCGUUUUACUGCACUUUACAUAUUGCAUUUUUUACAAAUUCAAGUUUUUUGGCAAUUCUGCAUCAAACAAGUCUGUUGGCACCAUUUUCCCAACAGCAUUUACUCAUGCAAUGUCUCACAUUUUGGUAGUUCUUGCAGUGUUUCAAACUUUUUCAUUGUUACCAUAUCUGUUGUGGUCUGUAAUCAGGGAUCUUUGAUGUUACUAUUGCAAAAAAAUUCUGACUUGGCUGGAGGCUCAGGUGAUUAGCACUUUUUAGCAGUAAAUUAUUUUUAAAUUAAGGUAUAUAAAUUGUUUUUUUAGACAUAGAUGGACACCUCACCAGACAUACAAUCCCAUCCCCAUGGUGUAUACUCACUUACUGGAUGGAAUUCAAAGGCAAACAUUAUCUCCUACAUAUGGUCAGGAAUCAAUACUCAUAUUUCGUCUCUUCUCUACUCUCCUUAGAGUAACAGGACAGAACACCAUCAGAGCCAAAGCCUUCUAUCUCUUCGAGACCAAAAUACCCCUCUUGAUAAGAAACUAGCCGUCUGUAUUUUGUUUUGUUUUAGGGUCAACUGGCUGAAUUCUCUGCUUUAGAAAUAUUCUUCAAAAUAAUCAAUCCAUGUGAUGUUGACUGGUUCUGAUUUUUUUUUAAACUUUCUUUUCUGAUUAUGGACAUGAUUGGUUCAACUACUAUAACAUUUUAAUAAGCCAUUUUCCCCCAAGGAACUCAUUUAUUUUAUAAAGCUCAGAAGAUAAAAAUGGCCCCUUGCUCCCAUUACUGAUGCUGUCUUGUGUGUUCUACUUUAGACUUUCCUGUGCUUAUUUAAAGAUUUUCCCCCCAAAAUUGGACUCUGGCUCUCGAUACUCUCAUAACUCCUUUCACUCAAUAAUAGAUCAUGUAUAUCUCAGUGUAUCUGUAAGUAUUGAUCUCACAGAGCAGUACUGUAUAUUGAUUUACAGGCAUGGGUUCUGAAGUCACAGAAGCCUGAGUUUGAGUCCAUUUCUGCCAUUUGCCAGCUAUGAGGAUAAUAGUAGCACACACCUUCUCGGGUUAUGAGAUGAGAUGAGACGAGAAGAUUGGAUAAUCAAGAAAUGCUUAAUCAAGAUUCUGCUGUACAGGUGAAAAUGAUGCCAGAAAUCCAGAAAAGUUCAGUUCACAUCAAGAACCCAUCAAGAGUAGAAGAAAUUAUCUGUGGUCUUAUCAAAGGAGGAGCUGCUAAACUUCAGAUAAUAACAGACUUUGAUAUGACACUGAGUCGAUUUUCCUACAAAGGAAAAAGAUGCCCAUCAUGUCAUAAUGUCAUUGACAACUGUAAGCUAAUCACAGAUGAAUGUCGAGAAAAGUUACUACAACUAAAGGAAAAAUACUAUGCUAUUGAAGUUGAUCCUGUUCUUACUAUAGAAGAGAAGUACCCCUAUAUAGUAGAAUGGUAUACUAAAUCACAUAGCUUGCUUGUUGAACAGGCUUUACCGAAAGCCAAACUUAAAGAAAUUGUGGAAGAAUCUGACAUUAUGCUCAAGGAAGGAUAUGAGAAUUUCUUUGAUAAGCUGCAACAAUACGGUAUUCCUGUGUUCAUAUUUUCGGCUGGUAUCGGUGAUGUGCUGGAGGAGGUUAUCCGUCAAGCUGGUGUAUAUUACCCAAAUGUCAAAGUAGUGUCCAACUUCAUGGAUUUUGAUGACAAUGGGCUGCUCAAAGGAUUUAAAGGAGAAUUAAUUCAUGUGUUUAACAAACAUGAUGGUUCCUUGAAGAAUACAGAAUAUUUCAAUCAACUGAAAAACAAUAGCAACAUAAUUCUCCUGGGAGAUUCCCAAGGGGACUUAAAAAUGGCAGAUGGAGUAGCCAAUGUGGAACACAUCCUGAAAAUUGGGUAUCUAAAUGAUAGAGUGGAUGAGCUUUUAGAAAAGUACAUGGACUCUUAUGAUAUUGUUCUAGUAAAAGAUGAGUCACUGGAUGUAGCCAAUUCUAUCUUACAGAAGAUUCUAUAAACAGCCAUUCUUCAAGAAGACCUCUCACCUAUGGGUGCAAUUGAUGAAAGAGCUGCUCAUCUGUUCAUCUGGCUAAAAGACUUUUUUUAUUUAUAAUAUAUUCUUGCUCUUGAAGUUUUUCCUCUGUAUUACUCAAGUAUUUUCAGAUUUGUUGAAUCCAUCAACUGGAAGUUCCUAUUUCUCCACCUCAACACACUCCUCACUAUAUAUUUUUUAACAAAUUUUUAAAAAUUCUUAGAGCUAAAAUUGGAAAAAUAACCCCCUACAUUUCGAGAGUGACUUUUGUAGCUUAAUGUUAUUAUGACAUUUUCAAGGAAUCUUUUUACAUUGGGAAAGUUUAUAGAAGAUUUAAAAGUUUUAUGAAAUGAUGAAAUAAUGUGCAUGAUUUUAAGUGUUGUCAUUUUUAUAAUUUGGGUGAAUUAUGCUGAUGGUAUUAAUCAUCUCUUAAAACUUACAUUUAGUUCUUUUGUUUGGUGAAAAUCAGUAUUUACCAAAAAAUAUUGGCACUUGAUGUUUGAAAAAUAUCCAUUGGUAUCAACAUGUCACUAAUCAUUACAGAAUGUUCUGUAUCAAAGCACUGAUGAUAAACAUGAAAUGAAAAGCCUUUGUAAUUCUGGCAAGA